AUGACACCCCCCCUCCCGAUCCUCAUCAUCGGAGCCGGCAUCUCAGGCCUCACAACCGCCCGCCUGCUCACAAACAGCGGCAUCCCGAAUAUCGUCUUCGAGGCGUCCAGCCCAGACCGCAGCCAGGGCUUCGCCAUCAGCCUGCGAGAAUGGGGCUACGCGGCGCUGUUGUCCGCGCUCGGGGACCUGCCGCUGCGGAGCUUGACGCGGGGGGUCGCGCCGGACCGGGAAGUCGGGGGCUCGGGCUGGAUCGACCAGGUGGUGUGGGAUAACGGGACCGGCGAGAAACUGUUUGUGCCGGACGCGAACGCGGCGACGAAGGGGGAGAUUGUGCGGGCGAACCGGAAUUCGUUGCGGAGGUGGGUUGCGGACUGUGGGGAGGAGGAGGUGGAUGUGCGGUACGGGCAUCGGCUGAAGAGGGUGGAGGGCUGCUUGGGGGACGUGAGGGUGGAGUUUGAGAACGGGGCGUGCUAUCGGGGGGCGAUGGUGGUUGCUGCGGAUGGGGUGAACUCGACUGUUCGAGCACAGGUCCUCCCCGAUGUCACCCCCGAGACGGUCCCCGCGGUGCUCUACCACGGCGAGUUCCAGCUGCCCAGGGCCGACUUCGACCGGCUCUUCCGGCCGCACAGCGGGGACUCCAACAUCCUCGCUGGUGUCGGCGAUGGCUUCAACGCCCCGUUCGCGGUCUGCAACAAGACCAGGACGCACGUCCACAUGGACUGGUCGUACUCGCGGCCGGCCUGUGGCAGCAGCGACGACCCGCUGUACAGGCCCAAUCUCCCCUCCGAGGAGGCGAAGCAGAUUCCCCCGGCGCUGGUGGAGGAGCUUGCGUCGCGCGAUCUGGCCGAGCCGUGGAGUCUCUUCCUCAACGGUGAGGCUAUCCGACGUCACCGGGUGUUUCACUGGACCGUCCGGUGCGUGUUUGUGACGCGGGAGGACAUGCAGCGUGCGGCUGGGAGGGGCGUUGCCUUUGUGGGCGACUCGUGGCACGCGAUGCCCAUCUUCGGCGGGGAGGGAGGCAAUCAUGCGCUUGUGGACGGGGUCGAGCUGGCUGCUGCUGUUGCGGCUGGCGCGGGGGCCGACUUGGGCCUGGCGAUUGGGAGCUACUAUGACCGAGCGUGGAAACGAUCCCAGGAGGCUGUUCGACGGUCCAAACAGCGGUUCUAUGCGUUGCAUCGGCCAAUGGCUCAGUGGAGGGAGAUUGCGCAGAAGAAGAGCUUGUAA